AUGAAGUCCUUGAUCUUCUUAAUCGCCACCGUUGUCUGCAUAACUUUGGCUAUGCCGACGCAUUAUCAAUACCACGGACCACCGGCGCCCAUAGGCCACGAUGGCAGAGUCAGGGACACGCCGGAAGUGGCGCAUGCCAAAGCGGCGCAUCUCGCCGCCGUAGCGGAAGCUGCCGCGAGAGUUCCGCACGGCGUGGCUUCCUACACGGAAAAUGAGGACUAUCACGGAUACGUCAAACCCGUAUCGGUCGGUCAUCAAAUGUACCACAACGGAUACGGAUAUCACGGGCCACCUGCCCCGUUAGACCGCGACGAAGAUGAUAGUCUAGCACAUUGCGGUUACAUGUCCAUGAGAAGGAGACUCAUUAUCCAUCAUUUUCGCGGUAAUAAACGAGACUUUACGGCCGGGAAUCACCUUCCGCGCAUCUAUCCAGCAAAAAGUAAUCGACCCUUCGUGCAGCAAACCGCGCCGGGCUUCCUAUUAGGUCCGAGCCCUUGGCGGUCACUGUUGAUAAUGAUGAUGAGCGUGAAAAAGAGCCAGCCAACGAAGUCGCAAGACGAUAUUGUUCUAUGCGCAUUCUGCGCCAUCGCGGCCGCAAAACCGGCCUACUCGAUAUAUCGCGUCGGUGUACCGCUCGGACCGGACGGGAAAGUCCUGGACACGCCGGAGGUAGCGCAGGCGAAAGCGGCGCAUCUCGCCACUCAGGCCUACGAGGCUGCCAGGAACACGCUCGGCUACGGAUACGUGCCCGCCAUUUAUGCACCUGCGAUCUAUGCACCUGCGAUUACGUACGGCGCGCCCAUCGGCGCCGACGGUCGGGUGGUAGACACACCUGAGGUCGCCCAGGCCAAGGCUGCCCAUCUCGCCGCUCACGCCCAAGAGGCAGCUAAGACCGUCGGGCUGGUUCCAUACGGUGCUCUGGCAUACGCCACUUCGCCUGCGUUCUACGCUUACAGUUACGCUCCACUUGGACCUGACGGCCGAGUAAUCGACACUCCCGAAGUGGCCCAGGCUAAGGCCGCGCAUUUGGUCGCACACGCGCAAGCAGCCGCCCGAAGUGCUGACUGA